AUGGAAUUGGACACUAUUGAAGAAUUUCGUAGAAACGGCAAAUCAGUCAUUGAUUUCAUUGCCGAUUAUUUCACUACCUUGCACAUGGAUGAAGUUCCUCCUUUAUCAGAAGUUCCACCAGGCUAUUUGCGCUCUUAUAUUCCGAAUGAGGCACCUGAAGAAGGCGAAGACUGGCAAACUAUCAUGGAAGAUGUAGAGGAAGCUAUCCUACCGGGGGUUACCCAUUGGAACAGUCGUCACUUUCAUGCUUACUUCCCACAUGGCCUGAGUUAUCAGGCAAUGCUAGCAGAGCUACUAGGGACAGCUUUUGGUAUGGUUGGAUUUACUUGGAAAGCUGGACCUGUGUCAACUGAACUUGAAACUAUAGUCACUAAUUGGCUAGGUGAACUAAUUAAUUUACCAGACGAAUAUUUGACUUACAGUAGCACACAUUGUAAGGGUGGUGGUGUAUUAUUGAGCUCAGCAUCAGAUUGCUUGAUGUCGGCACUAAUUGCUGCAAGGUAUAAAAGGAUUGAGACAAUGAGGGCUAAACACUACCGUGGUUUUGAUUCCAGUAAACUGUUGGGGAAAUUUAUUGUGUAUACUUCAGAACAAAUUAACGUCUCAGUAGAGAAAGUAUGUAUGGCAAUGAAAAUUAAAGUCAAAAAGCUAGAAACUGAUGAUUCCUUUGCUGUCCGAGGAGAAGUCCUUGAUAAAGCAAUCGAGGAAGAUAAAGAAGAAGGCUUAAUUCCUUUGGCGGUUUGCGCUACAAUGGGAACAACAGACUGUUGCGCUAUUGAUAACUUAGCUGAAAUAGGACCAAUCUGCCAACGAGAACACGUUUGGCUACAUGUAGAUGCAGCUUAUGCUGGCGGUGCUUUAGUUUGCCCGGAAUAUCACCACUGGUUGGAUGGCGUGGAAUACACCGAUUCCUUUUGUGUCAGCCCACAAAAAUUAAUGUUAAACACAUAUGGUUCUGCCCUCUGGGUAAAGAAUCGUCUCAUAUUAAAUCACGCUGUAAAUCAGUUUGAAGAACCAAUGUACUUACAUGGCAGAAGAGGAAGUAGCAUUUCUGGUGAAUGGCAUCUAAGAGCUUUUCCAUUAAGUCGAAGGUUCUCUUCGCUUAAUCUCUGGAUAGUAUUACGAAGUUAUGGUCGUACUGGAUUGCAAGAACAUGUACGCAAGCAUGUUCGACUUGCUGGGAUGUUUGCUGAUUUUGUUCGAAUGGAUGCUAGAUUUGAGCUAGCAGCUAAGCCAACCCUUGGUUUAGUAUGCUUUCGGCUAAAGGGGGCGAGUAGCUUAAAUGAGGCAUUUCUGGAUUCAGUCAAUAAUACUGGUAAGCUCCAUUUGACGCCAACAACAUUGAGAGGAAAAUCGGCUAUUCGAUUUUGCAUCUGUUCCAACAUUACCAAUGACGCCGAUGUUCGUUUCGCUUGGCAAGUUAUUGAAGAAGUAGUAGAAGAGUAUGCUGACGACUUAAUGUAA